AUGACAAGUGAUAAUAAUACAAAAGCUGUAUUAGUUACAGGUGCUGCUCAAGGUAUUGGUAAAUCAAUUGCAAUUCAAUUAGCAAAAGAUGGAUAUCAAGUUGCAGUUAGUGAUUUAUCAUUUCAAAAAGAUAAAGGAUUAGAAACAGUUAAAGAAAUUGAAUCUACUACAAAUUCAAAAGCUAUAUUUAUUGAAUGUGAUGUUUCCAAGAAAGAUCAAAUAUUUGAAGCUGUUAAUAAAACAUAUGAAGAAUUUGGUAGUUUCAAUACAAUUGUUAAUAAUGCAGGUAUUGCUACAAUUGCACCAAUCUUGGAAACAACAGAAGAACAAAUUAAUAAAAUAUUACAAAUUAAUAUUAAUAGUGUUGUUUUUGGAAUUCAAGCAGCAUCUAAAAAAUUUGAAGAAUUGGGGAAUCAAUCAGGUAAAAUUAUAAAUGCAGCUUCAAUUGCAGGUAUUGAAGCGUUUGAAAUAUUGGGAAUUUAUUCUGCAACAAAAUUUGCAGUUAGAGGUUUAACUCAAGCUGCUGCAAAAGAAUUAGCAUCAAGGAAAAUCACAGUUAAUUCAUAUUGUCCAGGUAUUGUAUUAACACCAAUGUGGGAUGAAAUUGAUGCUAAAAUGGGUGAAUAUUCAGGUAGAGCAAAAGGUGAAACAAAAAAGAAAUAUAUUGAAGGUAUUGCACUUGGUAGAGGUUCUGAACCUCAAGAUGUUGCUAAUUUAGUUAGUUUUUUAGCUAGUGAUAAAGCUGAUUAUAUCACUGGACAAUCUAUGGUUGUUGAUGGUGGUAUUUGCUUUACUUGA